AUGGCCGAGAGGGGCGGGCGGUGCUCGGCGGUGCCUGGCGCGGCCAUGGCCCUCACGGGGCGGCGGCGGCCGGGGCUGCUCCGCGGGCAGCGCCUCCCGCAGAGAGUGGACCAAGCCUCUGAGUAUGCUGUUUCUGAAGCUUUUACCCUUCAAAAGUCAAGGUAUCCACAGGGGUCUUGGGGUCCUGUGACACGUUUGGCAACUGCAAAAUAUCUGCAGGAUCAUCGUGAGGCUCAUGAGGAAGCCCAAGAGCUGCUCAGUUACUGGAUAAAGUCCAAACUGCAACUGGAGCUGAGUGAUGGAGAAGAGGAAGUUGACUCUCUCUUUCGGGAAGAGCCUUCUGCAGCCCCUCCGAAGCAUGAGAACUUUGAUGACUUGUGCAGYUAUCUGGAAUGUGAAAUGGAAAGUUCUUCUGUCCAGAAAUACCUACAGCAUCUUUUGCAGAGUGAUGUUGUGAACCGUGGGAUAGCAAAACAACUUAGACUUGAAGAGAUCAAGGAAAAAAAGAAAUGUACAGAUCCACGAAUAAUCAUGGAGCUCAGACACAAGCAGGUGAAAGAAAACAGAAUGAGACAUCAGAAGGCUUUAGAGCUUCAGAGACAAGAAGAGUCCCUGAAGAAAGCAAUUCUCUCUGCGGCCAGGCUCCGAGCACAGGAGGAGGAUAGAAAGAAGGCCCUGCAGGCUAAAAAGGAGGAGGAGGAGAUCCAGAGGGAAAUGGUGAAGCUGCGAAAGGACAUGAGUGAGAAGAAGCAUGCCAUGGCAAAGGUUUGGAGAAUGGAGGGGAAGAGACAAGAAAAAAAUGAGAAGCUGUCAGUGCAGGAGGURUCUGUUACUGUGUCACCAUCCCUAGUUCUGAAGAGUGAAGAACAAGGAGAGGAGAAACAGAGAAAGACUCAGGAGCUGCUGCGCAGGAUUCACACCAGUGAGCAGAGAUGCUUGCAACGACAUUUCUCUGCUUGGCUGAAAGUCAUUUUGGAGCAAAGAAUUAAAAUGGGAAAAGCCAGAGCCCUUGCUGACUGGAGAUGUCAACUAAAGGCCCUGCGAGCUUGGAGAAACUAUACCUGGGCCCAGAAAGUAGAGCAGGAGACACAGCAAUGGGAAUUUCAUCUCCAAGAUCAAAACAGGAAAACCCAACUGGCUGUGGAGCAUGACCAGCGACGGCUCCUGCGCUGCUGCUUUCUGGCCUGGCAGCACUGGAGCCGAGCRGAGACGGAAAAGCGAGAGCUGCAGAUCAAGAGGGAGCAGACAAAGAGAAAGAUGGAACAGCUGCUGGAGGCUGUGUUACUGGGGAAAGGUGGGGACAGGCCACCGGAGGUUAACAAGCCUGGGACAGCAAAACUAAACCAUCAUCAAGAUUUACAGCAAGACAAGCCAACUGAAACUUGCCUCAUACAGAAAGAGCCUGAUCAGACCAGAGACCAGUCUUGUGGGGAUGUYCACACAUCUCAUUUCUGCAGAAACCCUAAAGUUGCCUGGGAGAUUACCAUAAAACCUGCAGCCCUGAGUGCCCAGGACCAGGCUGUGCAYAGGAAUCAAAUAGCCACUGUCCUGCAGCAGUUUCAGGCACCUGGACCAAAGACAUCUCCUGCUUAUGGUAGCUGUUUUGAGCACCGUCACGCCUUCCAGCAGCGUGUGAUUGAGGAGCAGAGGCAGCAGCUUCAGAAACAGCAAGAGCUGAUCCUUAAACUGCAGGAAAAUCAGAAGCUGAGCAGAGAUAAAGAAGAGGCAGCACAAGCUACAACUCUAACCCAGACGUUUAACAAUUCUGUUUCUCAAGCCAGGGAGGAAAAACAAUCCAGAUGCAAAAAUACAACCCCUUUGAGCCUGCCUGAUUCUCAUGGACCAGAAAACACACGGGCAGCAGUGCCAGGCAAAAGACCCUCCAGCCAGCUGACCACACCUCAUCCCAUACUGAAAGGGAUGGAAGAGAGAGCCAUUCACCGGGCAGAACAGAAGAGGAAACUAGAAGAAGCCAAACAAMGAAAAGCAGAGGAAAAAUUGGCCCAGAUGAAGGCUGAAGAGGAAGCACUACAGAGGAAGGAGGCUGAGGAAAAGGAAGCACAGCGGGAAAAACGCCGGGAGGAGAGAAGGCAGCAGAAGCUGAAAGAACUGGAGAAGCAGASGAGGCUGGAGAAAGAGCAGCAGCUCCUGAAAAAGGCUAGAGAUCACUAUGAGAAGGUCCUUCUCAGAAAGCUGGGAAUAGUACCAUGGAAAAGGCUGAGGCAGCAAGCCAAAGAAAACCUGGUGGUGGCACAAAGGCACCACAACUUGGGCCUGCAGAGGAAAUGCCUGAUGAUUUGGCUGCAGAACGCCCAGCAGAGUCUCAGGGAGAAGAURUCUCAGGCUGAGGACCUCUAUUCCCAUAUUUUACUGAGAUGGGGCUUCAGGAACUGGCUAAAGUACAUGGAUUAUCUCUCCACUCAGGAGGAGAGAGCAAGUACCGUUCACACAGUCUGCCUCAUAAGGAAGUACUUCUGGGUAUGGUGUAAUCAUGUCAUGGAGGAAAAAAGGGCUUUAGAGGAAAAGCUGAAAGUUGCUACUGAACACAGUAACAAGAGACUUACACUGAACGCAUUCAAGGCAUGGAGACAGUACCCGUUACUGAUGAAAAAGGAAAGGGAAAGAGAAGAAAGAAGAAACCAGCUACGCAGGAGAGUUGCUGAAAUUCUCCCCAACUUCCAAACAUGACAGAAGAGUCAAAUGAGACAGGAAGGAGACAACAAGAGCAGUUCUGUUCAGUGCUAUCUCCCUGCUGACUGAAACAAGUCCAAGGGGAAGGCCAACUGAGGGCAGAGGGUCUUACAGCCAGAGGGAAUUCCCUGUUAGUUGCUGUUGCUSUAAACAAAGCAUAGGUAUAAGCUUACCCAACAGUUUCACUUUGCACUUCAUAGGGUCAUUCCCCUCAAGGUCCUUAWUGGGGGAGACCCCACAAGUUCUCUGUAGGGGUGUCUUGGCUGGUGGCUAUGAAGCCCAGAUAACCAAAGCCUAGCAYGGGGUGUGUUUGGGGCCAAGGCCAUUUCCACAUGCAGAGCUGCAGCACUGACAUGAAUCCUCCUCUGUCCAAGGAAACACAGAUCUGAACUGUAUCUUUUUUCCCUAAACAGUAACCUGGUGCUUUUCUGUUGGCAGUACUCUGUAGGGUGACAGCUUGUCCAGCCGGCAGACAGACGUGACUGUCAGGUGACCCCUAACCACUGCUGUGAACUUGGCCACCCAGAGCAGUUUCUAGCUAACUGCCAGGGAAGUUUGGAUGGGAGGAGGAGAGGGAAGGGCUGUUUAUGCAAACCAUAUUUGUUAAUGAUCCAUCCACAUCAUAGCAUUGCAUAUGAGCAAUCUAAAACCUGGGUUCUUUUGCAAGGGACUGCCUCUCUUGCAGCACUGGCCAGCUCACAAACACAGUGCUUUGAUUUUGGUAUCACACAGUGAUCCCAAGUUUAUGAGCCUCAAUUGUCUUGUCAUUUMAACACUUCCCAAGUUGUUUAAUAUUUCAGGGUGUAUUGUGCAAGCCUGUCUGGGCUACUUCACUUGAUCCAGCACUUCAAAGGAAAAAAGACAGAACUCCAAGAAAAAGGGAGAUUGUAGCUUUUAAGCUAAAGCUGACAUGAUUAAAAUGGAAGUUUUAUACCACUGUUUAACCUUAACCUGCAGCAUAAUGCAGACAGGGUAAUGCCACUAAGGUACAGUAUGUCUUAACAACAACAUAAGGCAAGAAACUGGAAUCACUUCCCUCUCACAGCCAGAUAGGCAAAGCUCUCCAAAAGCAUUUGGCAGUACAGGAAGUACUUGAGUAACACUGGGAAGGCAACAGUUGACUGUUAUCUUGUAACAGAUCAUUUGUAAAACCCAUAUAUGUACUGAAAGUUCCCAAUAAAUGCAAAUGUGAAAAGAAAACAACUGAGC